AAGAGUUGGGAUGAAAUUUAGGAUCCCAAAUCCAAAAUAUUUCCCUUUUUUAAGAGAGUGAGAGAGCGCGAGCGCCUUAUCUGCGGCAGUGUGGCUUGACAGUGUAGAAAGAAAGAAAGCGCGCCAAGGACAAAGGAGCAUAGAAUCCAUGGGAAAGGCCAAUUAGUUGUGGCAAUAUGUCGAUUGCAACGACAACAACAAUGGCUAGUACGAGAUUCAGAAAUCAUCAUGGGAAGCACUUGUCACUAUGCACUUCUUCUUCCUCUCUGGCUCAACAACCUGCAUCUACACGCCGGCUUUGUGGUUGUAUGCCUCAAAUUCAAAUCCGAUGCUCUGAUUCGAAUCCAAAACGUGGUUUUGGGCCUCAAAAGGACUCCAAGGCAAACAAAGUCACAACCUCAAGGGAGGAGAAGGGCACAUCUUUACGACAAAGGAAGUCAACCUCUCAACAAUCUGGUGGUCUACCUAGUCAGGCACCUGGGUUAAGAUCUCAAAGUGAUGAAAACUUAAAGAAUAUUGCCUUGGAUCUUCAAUUUGAGGAACGGCUGCAAGCAGUUAGAAGGUCAGCGCUUGAGCAGAAAAAAGCGGAGGAAAACAAAGAAUAUGGAGCAAUUGACUAUGACACCCCGGUUGAGACAGAGCGUAGCAAGAUUGGCCUUGGUACUAAGAUUGGAGUAGGAGUUGCUGUGGUGGUCUUUGGGUUGGUUUUUGCUCUGGGAGACUUUCUUCCCUCUGGAAGUGUUAGUACCACUGAGGAGGCCACAAUAGUCCCAAACAAGAUCUCGGAAGAAGAGAAAGCCAAUCUUCAGAAGAGGCUGCAGCAAUACGAGGCAACACUUCGAAGUUCCCCAGAGGAUACAACUGCUCUUGAAGGAACAGCAGUAACCUUAGCAGAAUUGGGAGAGUAUACACGGGCUGCCACUGUGCUUGAGGAUUUGACCAAGAAGAAACCAAAUGACCCUGAUGCUUUCCGUUUGCUCGGAGAAGUUAAAUAUGAAAUCAAAGAUUAUGAAGGAAGUGCUGCUGCAUAUAAGAGUUCUGCAAUGCUGUCAAAAACUAUUGAUUUUGAAGUUCUGCGUGGCCUAACAAAUACAUUGCUUGCUGCAAAGAAACCAGAUGAGGCUGUUCAUGUCCUUCUGGCGUCUCGUGAACAUUUAAAUGCUGAAAAAUCGAGUGGUGGUAAUAUUGGGGCUGACAGCAGCACAGUGGAAACAAAAUCACAGGUGGAUCCCAUCCAAGGAAGUAUGGCUUCUCGUUCAACUAGAAGCUGCCCGUCAUCUAACAAAAGUGUUAAGGUAGCACUUGCUUGCACUGCUGCUCCUACCUUGCGCUUGAGGCAUGAUAGUACCCAACCUCCCACAACUCUCUCACUGCUUGAGAUUCUGCUAACUGCUGCUUCAAAGCUCUGUGUGCAUCCUGUGACCUUCGUGGAUCUGGUUGAAUUGCUUCUGGGAAAAGCAUACUCAGAUUGGGGCCAUGUCAGUGAUGCUGUGUCUGUUUAUGAUCAACUCAUAUCUAGCCACCCUGAUGAUUUUCGGGGUUACUUGGCCAAGGGAAUUAUUUUGAAAGAAAAUGGAAAAGUUGGUGAUGCAGAGAGAAUGUUUAUGCAAGCACGGUUCUUCGCACCAGAGAAAGCCAAGGCUCUUGUGGAUCGUUAUUCAAGACAAUGA